AUGCCUCGGCCAGGCAAGAACUCCUACAGUGACCAGAAACCUCCUUACUCCUACAUUUCUCUGACUGCUAUGGCCAUACAGAACUCGUCAGAGAAGAUGCUCCCGCUCAGCGACAUCUACAAAUUCAUCAUGGACCGCUUUCCUUACUACCGUGAGAACACACAACGCUGGCAGAAUUCACUCCGUCACAAUCUCUCCUUCAACGACUGCUUCAUCAAGAUCCCACGCCGCCCUGACCAGCCUGGCAAGGGAAGUUUCUGGGCACUGCAUCCGGACUGUGGUGACAUGUUUGAGAAUGGCAGCUUCCUGCGUCGCCGCAAGCGCUUCAAGGUGCUCCGGAUGGAGCACAGCGCAUGCAAGAGUGCCCCCAUCCUUCACCCGUACCACCCUCAUGCCCAGCAUCAUCACCCACAUCAUGCACACCAGCACGCAAACAAGCUUAGUAUGGGGCACCCUGACUACCUGGGUACUGUUGGGCGUCUGUCCCACUUCCAGAGCUACGCGCUGGGGGGUGGGCAGAGCGGAGGCUUCAAACACCCAUUUGCAAUUGAAAGUCUGAUCGGACGAGACUACAAGGGGGUGAUGGCAGGUGGGCUGCCCAUCGCCUCCGUCAUGCAUCACCUGGGUUACUCAGUACCCAGUGUGGUCAACUCUGUGUGGCCACAUGUAGGUGUGCUCUCUGACUCGUCCCCUGUCUCAUCUGAGUAUCCGCCAUUCGGGGUGGCGGUCAAGGGGCUGUACCACCACACAGGAAGCCCUAACAUGCCUGCUGUGCCUGUUCCCAUUAAGCCCACACCGACACUCGGUGCUGUGCCAUCUCUGACAGGCCUUGCACCAGGGGCGGCUCAGCACUGCUCACGGAUGGACAGAGAAGCAACGGAUCUGAUGGAGGACAAAACUGGAGCUCUUCAUCCUUCUCUUUUGCAGUCCUGA